AUGGAUUCAUCUUUGCAGACAUAUGUUGACGAGUGGCUGCGUCUUGAUCAAGAUGUCUCGACACGGUCCGAGAUUGAAAGACUUGUUGCCGAGAACAACACCACUGAGCUCACACUACGACUCCAAAAGCGUAUUGCUUUCGGCACUGCUGGAUUGCGUGGAAGGAUGGAGGCUGGCUUCUCGCGCAUGAAUUCUCUGACCGUUAUCCAAGCUUCUCAAGGACUGGCUGAGUAUCUGCUCAAAACCAAUCAUGAUACCAGAACUCAGGGUGUCGUUAUUGGAAGGGAUGCCCGGCACAACUCUGACAAGUUUGCCAAGUUGGUCGCUGCUGUUUUUGUAGCAAAAGCCAUUCCUGUCAAAUGGCUGGGUCAAGUACACACUCCACUUGUACCUUACACGGUUGGCCACUUGAAUUCAGCUGCCGGCGUCAUGAUUACUGCUUCACACAAUCCAGCGGCCGACAAUGGCUAUAAAGUAUACUGGGGAAAUGGAUGUCAGAUUGUUCCACCCCACGAUGCCGGAAUUGCCGCAUCUAUCGAUGCGAACUUAGAGCCAAUCACUUGGGAUGUAGACAUCCUCGAACAGGGAAGCCCUCUUGUGACCAACGCACUUCACCAAGUCCAACAAGGUUAUAUGGCCACAGUCGCCAAUUUAUCGGCAGUCUCAAAUCCAGAUGCCUCUGUACCCUUUGUCUAUACACCAAUGCACGGAGUGGGUCUACCAUUCUUCACGUCGGUGAUGGAAUUAUUAGGGUUAGAAAGCAAGAUGCACGUUGUUCAAGAACAGGCUCAUCCAAAUCCUGAUUUUCCAACUGUACGCUUCCCCAAUCCCGAGGAGAAGGGGGCUCUAGAUCUUGCCAAACAAGUCGCGGAUCACAACGGUAUCAAGCUGAUCCUAGCCAAUGAUCCAGAUGCCGAUAGAUUUGCGGCUGCGGAGAAUGUGGAUGGCGAGUGGAGGCAAUUGACUGGCAAUCAGAUGGGUGUCCUACUUGCCUCACACAUCUUGGACACAUAUCAACCAACCCAGAGCAGUAAGGGUUUGGCAAUGCUAUCGUCAACAGUGUCAUCAAAGAUGCUGGCAGGCAUGGCUACUGCUAGCGGCAAAUUUCACUGGGAAGAAACCUUAACGGGCUUCAAAUGGUUGGGCAACAGAUCUCGCGAGCUGCAACAACAAGAUUACGAUGCACUUUUCGCCUACGAAGAAGCUAUCGGAUACAUGUUCAGCGAAGUAGUCUUUGAUAAGGAUGGCGUUGCCGCAGCUGCUGUUUUCCUGGCAGCUUGUGAUCGCUGGAACAAACAAGGACUAUCUCCAUGGGCAAAGUACAACGAGCUCUGCAAGCAGUAUGGUUACUUCGAAGAUGCCAAUACAUAUGUCAUCUCGCCAUCUUCAGAUGUCACCAACGUCGUCUUUGAGCAAAUCCGACAAGCAAAGCCCACGACUGUUGGAAGUCGCAAGAUCCUUCGUUGGCGCGACCUGACCAUUGGAUUCGACUCUGCAACACCCGACAACAAGCCAACACUGCCAGUCGACAAAAGCUCACAGAUGAUUAGCUGCGAGCUCGCAGGUAAUGUGCACUUCACGGUUCGCGGAUCGGGAACAGAACCCAAGAUCAAGUUUUACAUCGAAGGUAGUGCAAGCUCAUCGCAAGAGGCAAGGACGUCAGCGCAAGAAGUCCUCGAAGACUUGAUGAAAGAAUGGUUUAAACCUGAAGUACACGGCUUAAAGCGAGAGUAA